AUGCCUUGGACGCUCGUUGGCACUUCACAGCAAACCCAAGAUUCACUUGCCAAACUACAGAAGAAUAUAGACAAGACUAAAUCAAUUGUCCUAGCCGGUGGAGGCCCUACCGGUGUCGAGUUCGCUUGGAGCUUGGACAGGAAAUGCAAAGGCUUAGAGGCGACACGACAGGCAGCCAAGAAGGAACUCGAGAAGCUAAACGUCAAGAUCACUGGGAAUUCCGGGGUCACGGAGACGACCAGAAGAGCAGGGGAGAAUGUUCUCACGCUGGUCAAGGCCGAUGGUAGCAAGGAGACACUUGAAACAGACUUUUUUCAGCCGAUUCGGGGUAUAACGUUGAAGCACCAUUUGCACCAGCUUCACCCACUUGAGCCAAAUGGACGGCUCAAAGUGACAGACUCUCUUCGUACGUCGGGUUACGAGAACCCAUACCUCGCGGGCGACGCAGAGAAUGCCGACUCUUACGCAGCUACCAUAAGAGAGGCUUCAGGUAAAUAA